CCAAUCCAACGCUGUUUUGAUUUCCAAACCACAAAUCCCUCAUCUUUACGCUCACAAGGAGCUCAAAUAUAAUUAAACCGUGCUACUUGAUGAAUCCAGUUACUUUAUUAUUAAGCUUCCAAACAAUCCCAUCAGUUUCACCACCGCCUCCAUGUUGUCUGAAUCCCCCGUGCCCCGUGCCGUACUCGUCUUCGCUUCCAUUGCCGUCUUCAUUUUGCUCCUCUACGGCGCUUCUGAUUCUCCCCCCUUCCUCUCCUCCUCCUCCUCCUCCUCCGGUUACUCCUUUAACAUCUUCCCUUCUCUCCUCGGCGGCAGCGAUUCUCAAAUCCCAAUUAAUGGUGGUGAUGAUUAUAAUAAGCUGGAGAAAGUUCUGAAAGAAGCUGCAAUGGAAGAUAAGACAGUAAUAAUUGCUACAUUAAAUGAAGCAUGGGCAGCUCCAAAUACAGUUAUUGAUUUAUUCCUUGAAAGCUUCAGAAUUGGUCAGGGAACGCGCAGGCUCUUGGAUCAUCUGGUGAUUGUUGCGUUGGAUGAAAAGGCGUAUAGGCGGUGUAUGGAAUUACAUACGCAUUGCUUUGCUCUUGUUACUCAAGGACUUGACUUUCAUGACGAGGCUUAUUUUAUGACCCAUGUCUAUUUGGAGAUGAUGUGGAGACGCAUUGAUUUCUUGCGCUCUCUUCUUGAAAUGGGGUAUAACUUUGUUUUCACGGAUGCUGAUAUCAUGUGGUUCAGGGACCCCUUUCCACGGUUUUUUCUGGAUGCUGAUUUCCAGAUUGCAUGCGAUCAUUUCUCAGGCAACUCCAGUGACAUACAAAACAGACCCAAUGGAGGCUUUAACUAUGUAAAGUCCAACAAACGCUCAAUAGAAUUUUACAAGUUCUGGUAUUCUUCACGGGAGACCUAUCCUGGCUUCCAUGAUCAGGAUGUCCUUAAUUUUAUCAAAUUUGAUCCUUUCAUUGAGAGCCUUGGAUUGAAGAUGAGAUUCUUGGACACUGCUUUCUUUGGGGGACUUUGUGAACCCAGCAAGGAUUUGAAUUUAGUUUGUACAAUGCAUGCAAAUUGUUGUUUUGGUUUGGAUAGCAAGCUCCAUGAUCUUGGAAUUAUGCUUCAGGAUUGGAAAACUUUUUUAUCUUUGCCACCAACCUUGAAACGAUCACUGUCUGUGUCUUGGAGGGUACCACAGAACUGCAGUCUUAAUUCUCUACAUCAACAUGAUUCUCCGGAAAAGAGUGUUCAACAAACUGUGGGACAUUGAACUGCGUGGGAUACUACUUUGAGGAACACUUCCCCUUCGCUUGCAGAAUGAGAAGGUAAGGUUUCUUGUUUUAAUGCAUCAAGUGAUGUCUUACAUAUAUGUUCCUGUGUUUUGUAUGUUACAUAGUUGGGUGAUAAAGCAUUGAAAUAGCUGAAAGGAAGUAUAGAAGAGAUACAUCAAAGAGAAAGAGAGAAAAUGGGCCCUACCUGAAUCUCGAUGACGAAAGAAGACUCUGCAGAAUGUUUGAGGUUGAUAGCAUAAUGCAUAAUCGCUUUAAGGCUUUGGAAUUCCUGUCAAAUAGGCAUCCUGAAGCACAGAUAGUGGGGCUAUCAUCCAAGUCUCACCUGAUAUUUCUUGUACACCUCCCCAUCUAAUCAUCUACUUUUCAUCAGCGCCAGCCUACUGAUAUCUGUUCAAAGUUUACAAGGCUGAUAUAUACUUCAAAUAAAUAGCCAACAAACAUUUCAUUGCCA